CUGUUCGUGUCUUGCGUCCUGGUGGCUCCGUGGAAGGUCCGCGUGAUCUUCCGCAAGUGAGCGUCAAGAGUCCGGGGAGGAGACGGAAUCCAAGAAAUUCUCCUUGGACGCAGAGUGUCCCGCGGGGCAGGUGAAUAUAUGCAAUCUGAUGAUAGGAAACACCUUGAACCAGAAACAUAAAGCAGAGUCACUGUAAUUAUUUCUAACGUCAAUUUCAAACUAUUUACCCUUGGAUAACAGUCCAAUUAUAUGAAAUUAUGGCUGGUUAUAAGCCUGCAGCUAUUCAGACAUAUCCUGUACUUGGUGAAAAAAUCACCCAAGACACACUGUACUGGAACAACUAUAAGACCCCUGUUCAAAUCAAGGAGUUUGGUGCAGUGUCAAAAGUAGAUUUUUCUCCACAGCCUCCAUAUAAUUAUGCUGUCACAGCUUCUUCAAGGAUUCACAUUUAUGGCCGGUACUCUCAAGAACCUAUAAAAACCUUUUCCCGAUUUAAAGACACGGCAUACUGUGCUACUUUUCGUCAGGAUGGUAGACUGCUUGUGGCUGGCAGUGAAGAUGGUGGAGUUCAGCUUUUCGAUAUAAGUGGGAGAGCGCCCCUCAGGCAGUUUGAAGGUCAUACUAAAGCAGUUCAUACGGUCGAUUUUACAGCAGACAAAUACCAUGUGGUCUCCGGGGCUGAUGAUUAUACAGUUAAAUUGUGGGAUAUUCCAAACUCCAAAGAAAUUCUGACAUUCAGAGAACAUUCUGAUUAUGUGAGGUGUGGAUGUGCUAGCAAACUGAACCCAGAUCUGUUUGUAACAGGGUCCUAUGAUCAUACUGUGAAGAUGUUUGAUACACGAACAAACAAGAGUGUGAUCUCUGUUGAGCAUGGGCAGCCAGUGGAAAGUGUCCUGCUUUUUCCCUCUGGAGGUCUUCUGGCGUCAGCAGGAGGCCGUUAUGUUAAAAUCUGGGACAUGCUGAAAGGAGGACAAUUGCUAGUGUCUUUGAAAAAUCAUCAUAAAACUGUGACAUGUUUAUAUCUGAGCAGCUCUGGACAGAGGUUACUUUCUGGGUCACUGGAUAGGAAGGUGAAAGUAUAUAGCACGACUUCCUAUAAAGUAGUCCACAGUUUUGAUUAUGCAGCUUCAAUUUUGAGUCUUGCGCUUGCACAUGAAGAUGAGACAAUAGUUGUAGGAAUGACCAAUGGAAUACUGAGUGUUAAACAUCGGAAGUCUGAAGCAAAGAAGGAUUCUCUUCCCAGGAGAAGAAGGCCUGCAUAUCGAACUUUUAUUAAAGGAAAAAAUUACACGAAGCAACGGGAUGACAUUUUGAUCAACAGGCCAUCAAAGAAACAUCUGGAGUUAUAUGACAGGGAUCUGAAAAAUUUCCGGGUCUCUAAGGCACUUGACAGAGUCCUUGAGCCCAGUUGUACAAUAAAGACACCUGAGAUUACAGUUUCCAUCAUAAAGGAGCUAAAUCGAAGAGGAGUCCUUGCAAAUGCCCUUGCAGGUCGGGAUGAAAAGGAAAUCAGUCGUGUUCUUAAUUUUUUGAUACGGAAUCUGUCUCAGCCAAGAUUUGCCCCUGUUUUGAUCAAUGCUGCUGAAAUAAUUAUUGAUAUAUAUCUUCCUGUGAUUGGUCAGUCACCUGUAGUUGAUAAAAAGUUUUUGUUACUUCAAGGACUUGUAGAAAAAGAGAUUGAUUACCAAAGAGAACUCCUAGAAACCUUGGGGAUGAUGGAUAUGCUUUUUGCUACUAUGACAAGGAAAGAAAGCACUUCGGUGCUGCAGCAUACAUCUGAUGGCUUUCUAGAGAACAAGAAGGUGGAAUCAUAGUGUCUGCUUAAUGAGACUGUAUGAACAACUGACUUGAAAUAGAUUUGAUUCUAUUAACUACUGGAAAGAGAAUCUCUCUGAUACAUUAAAAACCAAAAACUAUUCACAGAAGCAGUUUUAUGGAAGAGACUGGAAUAUCUAGAAUUGGAAAAUAAGUACCUGUUUUAAGACAUGGUUUUCCAUGUAAUAUUUUGAAUUAUUUCAUGGUAUCUUCGGCUAGAAGAUCUCAGUUGUCUUGGUCAUAGUAUAUUGUCCACCUUGGACAAAGUGAUAUUAAUUUUAAUACAGCAAAGUUCUGUAUCAACAUUUGGCUAGACAUUCAGAACUCUGGAAAGGGUUUCAACUGGGAAUGCUGCCAAAGGGACAGGGCUUUAUUUUUUACUUUUCUCCUGGAGAAACAACAACAGCAGCGAAAGAAAUGGCAACAGCAAAUAAAUUUUCUCUUCACUCUGAUCACUGUGGGAUUUCCAGGCCCUUGCUGAUCUUGCCUCCGUCUUCUUGAUGUUAUCAUUUAUCCUAGGUCACGUGUUCUGCUUCGGCUGGUAAUGGAUGGGACUGCAUCUGCUCCAAAUAUGACAAAUCAGUGGCCAGCUUUGAACAGUUUAACUCUGAACUAGUUAGACAUGUAUUCAAAGAGUGUGAUGAGGCAGAUCUGAUACCUAAAAAUUGUGCUCUCCAUUCCAGAUUUUUUUUUCAUUCCUUUAAUCUUGACUGUCCUCAUCAGAACAAGGUCUACAGAUAGACCUUAUUGGACCACGUUUCUUUUCCUUCUCAAGAUGCAGCUUUUCUACCCAGUUUUCAACUUGCUUCAGAUCAGAGGAGUGAUAAAAUUUGCCAUUUUUCUCAUAAUAAAUAGCCUUUCAACCUUGUAUACAGAUGUUUGGAGCUUAUCUUAUGGCUUCCUACCCUUCUAAAAACCAUUUUCUGUAAUCUAUAUUUAGAUUUUGUUUCUCUAAUCUCCACAAUCAUCUUGUGUUUUAGAACUGGAAGCUAGAGUAGCUUGUUUUGGAAAAUAGUUUUUUGUUUUUUUUUUUAAGGACAAUGUAAGUUACAUUUUUUAUAAGGAUAUUCUUAUUUUCUUCUUGGCUUUCUGAGAUAUAUGAAUUCCUGAUGGAUAAUCACUGGCUAGUGUUAGGUCACUGAUUUCACACUUGCUACCUCUCCCACCUUCUCCCAAUUCGUAUUCCACCUCAAGUAGUUAAUUAUCUGUAAGCAAACAUUCCUUGUGUUAGAAGAACCCUUAGUUAAAGGAAGAUUCUGUAAUGAGAAUCUCCUCUUAAAAUUUAGUUCUGUGAAUUCAGAUUUUUUUUAAGGCAGAAAAAAAUAUUUCUGUGGUCUGGAAAGGGGAGUGCUCAAAAAUAGGGCCUAGUUUCCCUUUCGUGAAUUGAUUUAUGCAGUCCUACAGCACAGUGGCUUAUAAGGAACCAGGAGUUUGCUUCCCUGAGUAAUUAUGACAUUAGACAAGGUCAGAAACUGUCUUCAUGUUCGAAGUGUUAAUUUAUUUAAAUAAAUUUUGUAUUUAAAAACUUUUAAAAAUAUUUAACUUCAUAAGUAUGCUGGUAAUUUCUAUAUUAGUAAAAGUUAGAAGUCAAAAUUUCGUCUAAAACUAGCUGCCAUCAAGUGUGUAACAUGUGACAAGGGUUUUCCCAUACAUUAUUAUAUAUGAUUCUUACCACAGCCAUCCAGUGUUGGUGUUCUCAUUUAAGGCUGAAUUAGCUACAGUGGUUAGCCCACUCUUGAAUUCCCCAACCUUGAGAGCUUCAUCAGCCUGGCACUGGGACUGGCCUGCCCUCUGGGGCCAAACCUAGUACUUCCCUUGAACAGGACUUCAUUGAGUGCUGCAGUUCUUGGAUGAAAUCAAGAAUGAAGAUGAGUUUUCAAAAAGGUUAUGCAACUUCCAUAGCCAUCGAUACUGUAUGGUAAUUUCAGGAAUAACUUCUGUAUUCAUUGGGACAAACUAAUAUUUGUUAUUUAAAGUAUUUAAACACAACUGGCAUAUUAGGCAUAUUACGGUAUGUAGCAUUGGUCUUUGGAUUCUAAUUUAAAAUGGCUAACAGAUUUUAAGACUUCUGAAUUUUAGUUGAAAAGUAUUUUAAAAUGUUACUAAACCUGCAAAAAUAUUGACAUGUUCCAGAGAAUUUAGGAGCUCAGUGUACAUUUAAUUUAUUAUAUGCAUAAGAGUUAAGUACUUGGGAAGGUUUUACUUGUUGGAUCAAGCAUUUGAAGUGCUAUGUAGAAGAAAAAUAUUUUAAGCGUAUAAAUGCUGUUGUUUAAGGAAUUUGAGUUGUAAGUGGGUUUGUUUAAAGAAAUUUAAAAUUUAAUGUAUUCAACUUAAAUCUACUCUAUCAAACAUGAAUUAAAGGCCCCCUUGAAAGUGAUUAUUAAAAUGUACUGGUUUUAUGGUUGGAAUAUUUAUAAGUUAAACCUAAAGCCUUAAGGAAAGUUUUCAAAUGCUUAACAAGUAACUAUAAAUUGUCUUUCCUGUGAACAAAAUGUUCCCCUCAGACACGAAAAGACAUUGGUGACUAGGCUACAUGCCUCUUUCCCCUGACUGUAGUGAACUAGAGUAGGGGUGGCAUAUCUAUCUCAAGCCCUGUCUAAGCCGAGAGAUGUAAUUGGGAAUUAUCAUCAAAUGCUUGGUCUAGGAAAAUGUGGGAUUCUGAGAAUACUUUCUGGAUUAUCAACAGAGAAAGCUGCAGAGAGAAAGGAGAAGGAAACCUAAGUCCAGGGAAAAAAUAAGCAAGACAAGGCCAUCCUGCCUCAGCAGGUGAGGCUAGAGAAGAGAGAAACCAUCAUAGUUUGCAGCAGCUGUGGUUCCCUUCUGGUUGUACCUUAGGGGUUCCCUCUGGGGUCCAGGAGACUCUUUGGAAUCCUUCUAAUAAAUUCUUUUUG